AUGGCUCCCGCCCCCGUCGAAGUCGUCGAAGUUGAGCCCGUCACCGACGACGUGCAGAACUCGUUCGAGGUGGAGAAGCCCAAGAAAUCCCGAGCGGACUCGCCGGCACCCAAAAAGGAAGGGAAGGAAUCCAAGGAACAGGACCUCAAGGACGUCGCGAAGAUUCUCGCUGCUGAGGCCCUUGACAAGAAGGCGACAAUGCAGACGCAGACUCCAGCAGCAGCGGCAGCAGCAGCAGCUCCAGCAGAAGCCAAAACAACGUCUUGCCGCGUUCACGACAAGAAGAAGCUUGCAGCCCUGAUCAUCGUGGUUUGUGCCCUUCUCGCUACCGGCAUGUUCGAGGACUAUCGCGCACGCGGCCUUGCCAUCAUGAAGCUAGCCACCGUGCCCUUCGCCGUGACCACAUCGCUCAUGGGUGUGGCAGCAAGCCUCUACGUGCUGCGCGGCAAGUUUGGCAAGCUCAGCAUCCCGUUCCGUACAGCCAAGAAGGAUGACUGA